UAAUAUUUUUAACCACGUACCCAAAAUGUUAAUAGGUGCCGCAGAGUUUAAUUAAUCUCAAGUUUAAACAGUAAAUGUAUGUUUGUUUGUUACAGCAAAGCUUUCUCUGGUGAUGGCAUCAAACAUUUGGCCCAUGAGAACCUCGGCCUGUUAAUUCUUGAAUAAAACUUUAGGGAACACUGUGCUGUUUGCUCUCUUUGUACAAACAAACAUCACAAAAGAUUUUCUAAGUUCUGCAUAAUCAUUCUGCUGUCACAAGAGGUCAGUGAGGAGAUCAGGGAGGCACAACAGAGCUCUUCAACUGGACCAAACUCACUAAAUCAUCAUCAGAACAAGCAUUUAGAUGUUUGUUUUGAGAUUAGAGUCAGCUGCAACCUGCUCAUCAUGGAUGACAUCAUUAUCAGGGCAUUAUGAAAUGAAUUGUCAGUAUCAGCUGGAAGCUCUCUCUCAUGAGAUCAGUGAGGACAGUAUUUCAGUGUGUACGCAGGUCAGACCUGCAGUCGUCUGUGUGCUGCUUUUACAUGCAGCAUCUAACAGAGCUGCUGCUGAACAAUCUGUAAGAGAACAUCAGGUGAGCCACCGUCACUGGUUUACAGCAUAUUAAAAUGUAAACAUGCUCAUCAGCAUGGCAUAAAAAAUGAUAUGUUUUUCUCUUUGUCAGACUGGAGAGCUGAGUCUGACCUCCAGCACACAGGCUGUGGAGAUCAGUGAUGUCUUUUCUCAGGACCACUUUAAACGACUCUCUCAUCAUUCAUCCUCCAGGCUUCUAUAUCAUUGGAUUUCAGACAUUUCCCUUCAUCAGCGUCUACAUCAUCUUUCUAGCAUUUGUCUAUGUGGUGACUGUACUGUUCAACAGUUUCUUGAUCUAUAUAAUUGCUUUUAAUCCAUGUUUACACUCUCCAAAGUUUCUGGCUGUUAUCAACCUCGCAGUGAUUGAUGUGAUCUUAAAUACAAGCGUUAUUCCAGGCAUGAUUAAGACGUUCCUCUUGAAGGAUAACUUUGUUCCAUUCAACCUGUGUUUGGUUCAAAUGUGUGUCUACUACACUGCUUUAACUCUGGAGUCAUAUGCACUGGCUAUACUUGCCUAUGACAGGUUGAUUGCAAUAUGUUUCCCUCUGCGUCACAACUCAUUCAACACAUUACGGAUCAUGAGCUGCAUGGUCAGUCUGUCUUGGGUUUAUGCUCUCUCAUUAGAUAUAUUUGCGGCACGUAUAAUGACUCGACUGUCUUUUUGUGACUCUGUCAGGGUGUUCAGCUAUUUCUGCGACUUUGCGCCUGUGUUCAGACUGGCCUGUAAUGAUUUCACAAUGCAUUGGACUUUUACUUCCACUGCUAGCAUUGUCAAUCUGAUGGUGCCUUUUACUUUAAUUCUUCUGUCCUAUUUCAGCAUCCUGGUGGCUGUGUUCAGGAUGAAAUCAGUCAGCAAUAGAAUAAAGGCUCUCACUACUUGCAUUGAGCACCUCAUCCUUGUUGCUGUGUUUUACAUUCCCAUAUUCAGCAUAUUCUCAGUCGGGCUUUAUGGGGGCACCGUCGACCCGGACCAGCGUGUGCUGAGCCUGUCACUGGCCUCUUGCCUCCCACCCUGCAUCAAUCCUAUCGUAUAUUCUUUGAAAACUAAAGAGAUCAAAACUCGAGCCCUGGCACUGGUCAGGAAAAAUAAAAUUUGCACAUAA